CUGCCUUAUUAUCCUCAGACUCAGAGCAGCGCUCUGUCCUCGCCAAGUGAUGCUCCUCGGCGGCGCACAUCGGUGCGUUAUCACCUCCCGCUGCAGGGGGUGCGGGGACCGCUCCUACUUGUUUUUCCUUUUCUGGAAAAUACGCUCCGAGGGGCGACGGAACAUGGGAAUUUAACGGGGGCUCGUCAGAGAGAGUGCGAGACGGAGGAGCGUAGGACGACGAAGAAGCCCACAAGUCCCAUCCGAGAGGAGAGAAGCGAGCGGGAGUGGGGGGACUCCGGGGAAACGGUCCCGUCGGGACGGAGGGGACGCAGCGGAUGGGUUCGAGCUUCAAAUAGUUUAGAAUGGACUCAGCGCGCUUGUUGCCGGUGUUUGGAGAAUAAGAUCCAGGGAUUUAAAGGUUUUCUCGGAGUUGCGGUCGGCUUUUCUGUUUGUGAUGGAGUGAGUGAAAGAGAGGACGCACGGCAACUUCAGACUCGCCAUGAAAUCAGUGUUUUUCAGCCGCUUCUUCAUCCUGCUGCCCUGGGUCCUUAUUGUCAUCAUCAUGAUCGAUAUCGACAGUAAAAGGACGAUCCGGGCUCCAGCAGCCGUCCGCGCCGGCAGGGCUCAGCGAGCAGCCCGAGCCGGUGCGCCCGGGCUGGGAGGGAACCAGAACCAGAGCGCCCUGCCGGUCGUCUACGCCAUCACCCCGACCUACACCCGCCCGGUGCAGAAGGCGGAGCUGACCCGGCUGGCUCACGCCUUCCGACAGGUGCCCCGCUUCCACUGGAUCGUGGUGGAGGACUCGACGGUGCGCACGGAGCUGGUUUCGCGCUUUCUGGCCCGGUGCGGCGUGCCGUACACGCACCUUCACGUGUUCACCCCCCGCAGGUUCAAGCGCGCCGGGAUGCCACGCGCCACCGAGCAGAGGAACGUGGCCCUCGCGUGGCUCCGGCAGCACCGGGGCAGGCGGGACGCCGGCGUGGUUUUCUUCGCGGAUGAUGACAACACGUACAGCCUGGAGCUGUUUGAGGAGAUGCGUAGCACUCGCGGCGUGUCAGUUUGGCCUGUCGGAUUUGUGGGUGGCAGAGCGUACGAGCGCCCCUUGGUGUCUGAGGGUAAAGUCGUGGGCUGGUACACCGGCUGGAGACCGGACCGACCCUUCGCCACCGACAUGGCAGGUUUUGCGGUGAACCUCCAGGUGAUCCUGGCGAACCCGCGGGCGCAGUUCAAGCGCCGGGGCUCUCAGCCGGGGAUGCAGGAGUCCGACUUCCUCAAGCAGAUCACCAAGGUCAGCGACUUGGAGCCCAAAGCCAACAACUGCACACGGGUGCUGGUCUGGCACACUCGCACCGAGAAACCACACCUGGCUAACGAGCCCAAACACCGGAAGGACACCGUGGUCAUCGAGGUGUGAUCGCAGCGGCCGCCAUCUCUCGACCGAGACUAACGACGGCAGCCUGCUUCCUGUCCUUAUCGGGUUAAUACAAUCUGUUCACGGUGAACAUGGACUCUGAGGAGCUGCAUGAUUCCAGACUCCUGGCUGGCUGUCAAACGUUGUCAGAGUCGGACGAAUCCAGAAUAAGUUCUUUUUACGGACUGGAGAUACGUGGACCAUUGUUUUUUUUUCUCUCCAUCCACAGCCUGCUGAUGUAAAAACUAAAAGUAUAAAUGUAAAAUAUCAUGUUACUGAACUGAAAAGUGCCAUGUGAGUCAAAGUGAAUCAUUAAUGUUGUUUUAAACGAAUACAUCACUGACAGAUUAACUGCGACGUUGUGAUAUGAACAUGAGACAGAGAAGACUUCCACACACGUAAGACAACAUCUUAGGAAACUGGUUUCUACACACAAGUGUGAUAAGACCACUGACCAAGUUCUAAGAAGCAGACAUGAGGAUGCGGUUAGCAUAAAGCUAACUUAGCAUGAAGACUGAAAGCUGGACAAAAAAAUAAAAAAUUGUUUGCACAUUUUGUCUCAAAUAACCAGAAAUGUAACAAAUCACAGUUUGUGAUUAGCUUUAGAGAUCUUCAUAAAUGUAUUUUUCAAUUUCUACCAGUCUUUAUGCUAAGCUAGGCUAACCAUGCCGUAUAACUACAGGUGUGGAAUUAAUAAUAUUCCCCUACUUCCCACGUCCUCCCACAGCUUUUUACUGAGCAAAUUAAACUGAACUUCAAGGGAUUUUUUUUUUUAAAACACAUUAAAGCCUGGAAGCAAGAUUAACCUCCGCAGUUUGUUGUGGCCGAAUGUUGUUCUGGAAGCCCUUUGUUGGAAACUAGCCAAGAUCUGCCGGACCAAGCAGAUUAUUUGGUCCGAGUAAAUUCAUCCGAGUUGAAUGUGUUUGUAACAAAUUGGCUGCUGAGCUUUUUCGAGUCCACUGUGGAGUCUGUUGUAAAGUCUGUGGAGUCUGUGUCAAAAUGUCCGACUAUAAAAAGGUCAGAAAAUGUCCUGUGCGAAGGUGCUUUUUCCCAUUUUUUCCACAAUAUUCAGUAUUUGGCAGUUGUUUUACAAUUUACUGCAUGUUAUAAGAGGAGUGUAAAAACCUUCUGGGAGUAUAAUUACUGUAACGACACCACAUUGGCUGCAAAGCACAACGUCAUUGGAAUUUUUCUACUAAUUAUGGUAAUCCAAAGUGCUGUUGCAAACAUGCUACGUCACAUGCUUUUUUUUUUUUUUGCUGUAAUUGGCUAAAAGACUAUCCUAUUCCAAAAUGCCAAACAAUGUUUUUCGCAGCCUCCUCUUCAUGUCUGUGAGGUGGCUCGUGCCAGUCUUCUCUGUUAAAUCACAUGAAUGUCUUAAAGUUAGUGCUGUAUAAUGAUUUAUUGAUGCCUAAAUGCUAUUUAAUACUCCCUGAACUGAUGAAGUGGAGCGACCUUUGUCCCCUCUCAUUCUGUAUGUAUGUAUGUAUGUAUGUGACGUAUGUUAUCUGGUUUGUAAAUGGCCCGCGGCUCAAAACCCAGGAGCAUCAAUCCCGACAAGAUGCCAUCAAUAAUGUAGAGUCCGCGGGCCGGCGACAACUAGAACGCAACGAAAAGAAUUAAAAGACUAGGCGGCAUGUAAACAGCACAUGAGGGCGGACACAUGUAUGAAGGACGUUUUUCUUGACAGCAGUAUUGUCCUGAGAGCUGACGUUGAGGAGGCAGAAUGUGCGAUGGUGUUUGUUGUACGUGAUUGAAAUAAAAACAGGAUUAAAUCCAGGAUUCAACAGCUUUUAUUCCAAAUGACCCCUCUCAUAAAACCUGGAACAGGAGGAAAAAGAAAGGAGAGUUCCAGGAGCCACUGGACAGAAACACAGAAAACUUCCUGUACAUUUACGGUUUUUAAUGCACGAAAACCACUUUUAUUUAAUUUUCUUUUUUUCUUUCUCUGUACUAGGCACCAGAAAAUGUAAACACACUGGAAAUAAACCUGGAGGACAUUAGAUUUAUUCAA